CCACCUAAACCCGCCCUCGGGGCCGGACCACGGCGGGGUGGCUCGGGCCUCUGCGAGGCCCCGCUGAGACUUCUCCGUGAGCUCCCUGCGGGCGACAGCUCAGCUUUCAGCAGCUGGGGGACACCCUCCCAGCCUCCCCAGAGGCCAGUGGGUGAAAAGGAAGGAAGAUGGGGGCCAAGCCGUCAAGCGCUCACUGCAGGGACAAGGGCCCCAGGAGGAUGGUGCUCCUGCGCGGGAGGCAGCCCUUCUCCCCGUGGGAUGACAGCCUGCUCUUGGGAAAGGACCCCCGGGCUCUGCUGAAGCGGGGCAUGCGCCACGUCAGCUUCAGCCUGGUCACCAAGGGAAUGACGGACAUCCCCGACUUUCUGUGGGGCUUGUCUGAGGUCCAGAAGCUCAAUCUAUCUCACAACCAGCUCAGGGCUCUCCCGCCCGAUGUGGGGAAGCUGAGUCGGCUGGUGGUCCUGAACCUAUGCGGGAACCGCCUGCGGAGCCUGCCCCAAGAAAUCAGCCUCCUCAAGAGCCUGAAGGUCCUGUUCGUGAACAUGAACUGCCUGACGGAGCUGCCGGCUGAGCUGAGCGCUUGCAGAAGCCUGGAGGUCCUGAGCUUGUCCCACAACUGCCUCUCCCAGCUUCCUGCCAGCCUCGCUGACCUCUCCAGACUGCGGAAGCUGAACCUCAGCAACAACUACUUUGCUCACAUCCCCAUCUGUGUGUUUGCGCUGAAGGAGCUGGAUUUCCUGCACGUGGGCUCCAAUCGCCUGGAAAACAUCGCCGAGAGCAUUCAGUGCCUGGUCAGCCUGCAGAUCUUCAUUGCGGAGAGCAACAACAUCCACUCCUUCCCGCGGUCGCUCUGCCUGCUCACCGGCCUGGAGCUGCUGAACUUGAACAACAAUGACAUCCAGACCCUCCCGGACGAGCUCUACCUGCUGUGGAGACUGGGGCGGAUUGCUUGGAACCCCAUGGACAAAGGGCUCCACAUUUCCCAUAACCCAUUAUCCAAGCCUCUGCCGGAGCUGGUAGAGGGGGGCCUCGAGAUGCUCUUCAGUUACCUCAAGGACAAAAAGCACAACUGACUGGGCCCCGGAAGCACAGCCAGUCGCCAACUCGUGGACACCUGUCGGCUGGGUACUGCUCCAGUCUCAGCUCUCUGCUCUUACUGUUCUUGUUGGUUAGCACUUGCGUUUGUAUUUGCUGAAUGGUAUCGAACACCCAUUCUAUGGAGGUGUUUGCUUUUACCUCUGUAUGUGCCUGAGAAGCCCCCUGAUGUGAUGUUCAUCUCAUCCCAAACAUAAAUGGAAAUGGGUCUUGGGUUUUCUCCGAAGAGAAACCGUUCUGACUCUUCCGAGGAGCAGUGGGAUUCAGCCCUUGGAAUAGGAGGCAGCCGGUCUGAUUCAAGGGAACUCAGAAGUCAGAUACUUGCUAAGGAUGUGCUGUGGGCCCAGUAUGGUACAGGACACUGACACCAUCUGGUUUCAGCCCUUGAACUGGCAGCCUGCAGUCAGGGAGCAGCAGCGAGACAUGCUUCUACGUCAGCCUUGAUCAAGCGUUACUGGGGACCAAAGAGCAGGCUGGAGGACUGCUCUGCUGGCAAUGACUGGGUUGGGCAGAGCUUCUCCCCUGAGUUCUGAGGGAAACAAUCAUAACAAAUCUGUCUCUAAAAUGAUUGUACAGUAACCCUCCAGCUGCUCAUGUUUACAUCUGCUGGUGAGUGACGGGAAUAGCAUGAGGGCUAUCAGAUAAUAAAUACAAACCAAUUUUAA